CGAACUUUUCCAAAACGAUACACCGCAACAAUGGCCAGAUCAAAGCAAGUAACAAAGAAAGUCGAGAAGAAGGCAGAGGUGCCGCUCAUUACCAAGACGCAAAAUGAGACACCUUACCAGCUGGACCCGGCGCAAGUUGAGCGAGCGGCGAAUGCGCUCGUUGCGCACAUGAAGAAGCACAAGGAGGAGAAGGAGGCAGUCGGCACCAAGGAUCUGAUGGCUGACGAGGACGAGGCCGAGGAGAACGAUCAGCCCAUCUUCCUCAGCGUUUCCACCAAGAAGCACGUCAGCAAUACCAACAGCCUGAAGCCUACGAAGAUUGUUCUGCCUCACCCCAUCAUUGCGAACGACGCUAAGAUCUGCAUCUUCACCAAGGAUCCUCAGCGAGUAUACAAGGAUCUUGUCGCCUCGGACGCAUUCCCUGCCGCACUUCGCGAAAGAGUUGGCCGUGUACUUGGCGUUGAGAAGCUGAAGAAGAAGUUCAAGUCCUUCGAACAGAAGCGCGCUCUUCUCGCCGACUACGACAUCUUCAUGGUCGACGAACGCGUUAUCAAGAUUGUCGCCGACUUUCUUGGCAAGGUCUUUUACGGCAGCAAGUCUAAGCGUCCGAUUCCGAUCAGAUUGACCGCUGGCGCAUACGUCGACAAGAGUGCGAAGAAGGACAAGGAGCCUCAGAACGUGGUUGGCACAGCACAGGGUGUCGCAAAGGAGAUCGAGACUGCGCUGAAUUCAACAUAUCUCAGCAUGAGCGCCUCAGCCAACACCUCAAUCAAGAUCGGCAACCUCUCUCAGACCGCUGCUCAGAUCAAGGAGAACACCGAAGCCAUCAUCGCCGCUAUCAUUCCCAAGCACAUCGAGCAAGGCUGGCGAAACGUUCGCAGCCUGCACAUCAAGGGCCCUGCCACAAAAGCUCUGCCCAUCUGGCUCGCUGAUGAGCUGUGGGUCGACGACUCACAGGUGCUGGACGAGCCAUUCCAGAAGAAGAGCAUCGGCGAGGGCAAAACCGCACAGACCAAGCGCAAGUGGGACGAGUGGGAGGAGGAGCUGCUCGACGAGGACGAGCUGGCGGAGAAGAAGGCAAAGAGGGAGGCCAAGAAGGCGAAGAAGGCCGGACCUGCGAAGAAGAGCUCUUUGAGCAAGGAGAAGAGGAAAGCAUUGAAGCAGGAUGCGCUGUCUUCAGUACAGACAUCGUUGAUUGCAUGAGCUGUUGAGACAUGAGUAAUUGCAUAUGACGGCGCAUCGGCGUUAGGGAGCUCAAAAGAUGUGUUGCAUAUUGGGCAGAAUACCAUUUGCGAAUCUAGG